AUGACCUUUUGGGUCAUCACAGAAGCACUGUACUCCAGAGGUUAUGAGCAUUUCAUGCAUGAUUAUUCAUUGUUCUACAGGAAGAUUGGGACAUCCUUGGUAUAUGUAGCAGUGUAUGUUGAUGAUGCGAUACUUACAGGAACAGAUCUUGAAGAAAUAAAACUUUUGAAGAAGUCCUUACAUGAUAGUUUCAAAAUUAAAGAUCUAGGGAGACUACAGUAUUUCCAUGGAUUUGAAAUUCUUUAUAAGGAUGAUGGGGUCAUCAUCUCCCGAAGAAAAUUUGUCAUUGAUCUUUUGAAAGAGUAUAAUUGUCUCAGUUGUAGUCCUUUAUCAUUACCCCUUGAUCCAAAUGUGAAAUUAAAAGCCAAGGAAGGUGUUCCUCUGCCAGAUCCUAUGUGUUAUAAAAAGUUGAUUGGAAAAUUAAAUUUUCUAACUAACACAAGACUGGAUAUAGAUUUUAGUGUUCAACAUCUAAGCAAGUUCAUGCAAGACCCAAGGGAGCCAGAAUUGAAGGCAGGUUAUCACAUAUUGAGAUACUUGAAAGCUGAUCCCAACCUAGGGGUUUUCUUCUCCAAAAAUGUUGACUAUACAGUGAGAGCAUACUGUGAUUCUGAUUGGGCAUCAUGCCCAGACUCCAGGAAAUCAGUAACCGGGUACAUUGUUCUACUGGGAGAUAGCCCUAUCAGCUGGAAACCGAAGAAACGGGAAACCAUCUCCUUGUCAUCAGCAGAAGCAGAAUACAAGUCCAUCAGAAAAGUGGUUGGUGAGCUGGUGUGGUUACAAAGGCUGCUUGAAGAACUCACAGUCCCAUUCUCCAGUCCUAUUGCAGUAUUCUGCGACAGCCAAUCAGCACUUCACAUAGUAAGGAACCCAGUAUUCCAUGAACGAAUGAAACAUAUUGAGGUCGACUGUCAUUUCUUUCGAAACAAUCUACAGGAAGGGCUCAUUUCUCUACUUCACAUUAGAACUGAUCAUCAACUUGCCGACAUUCUCACUAAAGCACUAACGGGGAUCAAACAUUCCAACAUCCUCAGCAAGUUGGCAGUGACAACCUCACUUCCAACUUGA